GGUCCAUUUCAGAAUAAUAUCUCUGAUAUGUUUUAUAAUGAUUGAUCAUUAAAGUGUUCUCAGAGCUGGUAAAGGUGCAGCUAGUUGGAAUGGCUUUGUAUACUGCAGGGUAGCUGCUGGAUUUACUGCAGGUGAACUACAGUCUGAUUUAAGGGAGAUUAUAUUUACCUUCAGUAAUCCAGAUCUGUAAAGUAACUAAAGCUAUUAAAUAAAUGUAAUAAAGUAAAAGUACACCAUCUACCUCUGAACUGUAGAAGAGUAGAAAUACACAGUAGUAUUACUUGGAAAUACUGAAGUAAAGUACAAGUACCUCAAAAUGGUCGUUAAAUUCAGUACUUAGGGUUAGUAAAUGUACUUAGUUACUUGACACCUCUGUAGAGAGAUACUGAGGGGGGUGUGAGGGGGUCUCUGUUCGGAAUAAUCAAAUCUCUGUCAAAGCAGAGCCAGAGCUGAGUCCCGUCCUGACAAGUCAGACUGGUUCUGGUGAAGGUGGACCAAGACCAGACCACCGACCCAGGAGAGGUGUUGAAGAUGCUGAUGAAUGGUUUAUUAAGAAAGAAAUUGAGCUCCGUUUAAAAACAUCGGAUCACUUGUCUGUUAUACAUUAUCGUUUGCCAACCAGUGGUUUUAAUACGACCCAUCAUAACCAGACUGAUAGAAACACAUAACCAGCAUAACCAGACCAGAGGUCAGGGUUCAUGCCAGAGGGUAUCAACCCUGACCAGCAUGUGGAGUAAAGACAACUUCUCCUUUCUCCCGUGCAGAUGAAGCAGUAUUUGUAAAACUUAACUAAACCUCUUGAUUUGCUUCCUCAGGUUAACCCUUCGUCAUUUCAGACCAGGGUUAAUCAGUUUAAAGUGGUUUAAAGUGGUUCAAAGUGGUUUACAGCAGUUAAAGCAGUUAAAUCAGUGGGAGCUGUGAAUCUUCGGUGUAAUCCGGGGAUCUGACUCUGUUUGGAGGAUUUACAUAGUCUCCUCAGGUGAAGGGGUUAAAGGUGAAUCUGAAGUCACAGACUGACAGUAUAAAUAUACAUUAUACAGAUCAAUGUGACUUCAGACAAAGUAAACCACUUAGCCUGCUGACCUUUGUGCAGAGGUGCAAAGCAAAGACCACAGCACAGUUGAGAGGGGACGUGGAUAUUAAUCAGAACAUGAGCUAUUCGCGUUACCGCCCAGUGAGACUAUCCUAAAAUAUUGGGCAUCAUGAUGGUUAUGUGUUCACAGAAAGCUCCUCACACAGGUGAGUAUGAGUGUCGUAAUAGACUUAGUCUGAAAGCUGCAGAAAAGCGGCUCUCCGGAGUAAAUCCCAGAGUUAGCAGGUUAUCGCUGUGUUUAUAAGGAGGCUGCAGACUGGAGUUAGGGUUUAUCAGACUGGAGUUAGGCUUUAUCAGACUGGAGUUAGGCUUUAUCAGACUGGAGGGUUGGAUUAUCGCUGUGUUUAUAAGGAGGCUGCAGAAUGGAGUGAGGGUUAAUCGGACUGGAGUUAGGGUUUAUCGGACUGGAGGGUUGGAUUAUCGCUGUGUUUAUAAGGAGGCUGCAGAAUGGAGUGAGGGUUUAUCGGACUGGAGUUAGGGUUUAUCGGACUGGAGGGUUGGAUUAUCGCUGUGUUUAUAAGGAGGCUGCAGACUGGAGUUAGGGUUUAUCAGACUGGAGGGUUGGAUUAUCGCCGUGCUUAUAAGGAGGCUGCAGACUGGAGGUGUGGUAUACAGUCUCAGGUCAGGAUGGGGAAACACUUCCACCUGUACGAGAACGUGUCGAACAUCAGUCCCUUCGAGGGUCCUCAGUAUCACCUGGCCCCCCGCUGGGCCUUCCACCUGCAGAGCGUCUUCAUGGGCUUGGUCUUCCUCUCUGGGACACCUCUGAACUUCAUCGUGCUCUUUGUCACGCUGCAGCACAAAAAGCUGAGGGUUCCUCUGAACUACAUCCUGGUGAACGUGUCAGCUGCCGGCUUCAUCUUCGUCACCUUCUCCGUCAGCCAGGUGUUCAUCGCUAGCACCAGAGGCUACUUCUUCCUGGGACACACCAUGUGCAGCCUGGAGUCCGCCAUGGGCUCCAUCGCAGGGCUGGUGACGGCCUGGUCUCUGGCGCUCUUGUCUCUGGAGAGGUACCUGGUAGUCUGUAAGCCUCUGGGGCUCUUCACGUUCAGCAGUGGCCACGCUCUGGUUGGGGUCGCCUUCACCUGGGUCAUGGGGGUCGGCUGUGCCAUCCCACCUUUUUUCGGCUGGAGCAGGUACAUCCCUGAAGGCCUUGGCUGCUCCUGUGGUCCAGACUGGUACACUCACAAUGAGGAGUUUCACUGCAGCAGCUACACCAACUUCUUGAUGGUGACCUGCUUCAUUGCCCCGCUCAGCAUCAUCAUCUUCUCCUACACCCAGCUGCUGAUGACCCUCAGAGCCGUGGCGGCCCAGCAGGCGGAGUCUGUCUCCACCCAGAAGGCGGAGAAGGAGGUCUCCAGGAUGAUCGUGGUGAUGGUGGGAUCCUUCCUCGUGUGUUACGGUCCCUACGCCGUCGCUGCCCUUUACUUCGCCUACUCCACCGACCAGGACAAAGACUACAGACUGGUUACCAUCCCGGCCCUGUUCUCCAAGAGUUCCUGCGUCUACAACCCUCUGAUCUACGCCUUCAUGAACAAACAGUUUAAAGGCUGCAUCAUGGAGACAGUGUUUGGGAAGAAGACGGAGGACUGCUCCAGAGUCUCUUCAAAGACCGAGGUGUCCUCAAUGUCUUAACGAGGACACCAUGAAGACUGAUUAAAGGAUGAUUUGUGAU